CUGGCAACGUUGGAAGAAGUUCAAGGCGUCUAUAGCUGCCUCGGCGUCUCGGGCUUUGUUGACGUUUCUUGUGGCCUCUGAGACACCUGUUGGCGGGGGGGCGGUGACAGAUGUGAGGGUGUACUGUGCCAAUGAGAGAGAGAGAGAGGGAGAGACAGCCAGAGAGAAGAGGAGGGAGACACACAAAGGUGGAGAGAAGAAGAAGGAAGUGAGAAAGGAGAAGGAGAAGGAGAAAGAGACCAGGAUGCUGUGCUAGAGAGAUUCAAAACAACAAUAAUAAUAAUAGUAAUAAAAGAAGCAAGCGUGUGAAGUAAAUAAGAAGGAAAGAAAAGAAGGAAGGAAGGAGACCAAAACACCACCGCCCCAAAAUGUUGUAAAUAAAUAAAACAAAGGAAACAAAAACUCCACCACCACCAUCGCCGCACCACCACCAUGCCGUCCCUGCUGGCCUGCCUGGGGUGCGGGGGGCGGGGGGAGAGCGACGACAUCACCACCCUAGACUACACCCACGCCUCGCUCACCGAUGUACCUGCCGAUGUGUUUGCUUGCGAGCGGACCCUUGAAGAGCUCUAUCUCGACUCCAACCAGCUGAGGGAGUUGCCGCGCCAGCUGUUCUACUGUCACGGGCUGCGGGUGCUGGGCCUCAGCGACAACGAGCUCACAGCGUUGCCGCCGGCCGUCGCUUCGCUCAUCAACCUCACCAACAUCGACCUCAGCAAGAAUGCCAUCUCAGACAUCCCAGACAACAUCAAGGGCUGCCGACAUCUGGCGGUGGUGGACGCCAGCAUCAACCCGCUGUGCCGCCUUCCCGAGGGCUUCACGCAGCUGCCCACCCUCACAGAGCUCUACCUCAACGACACAUUCCUGGAGUAUUUGCCGGCAAGCUUUGGCCGGCUGUCUCGCCUCCGCAUCCUUGAGCUCCGGGAGAACCAGCUGAACACCCUCCCCAAGACCAUCAUCCGCCUCACCAACCUCCAGCGCCUCGACAUUGGCCAAAAUGACUUCUCCGAACUGCCUGAGGUGAUUGGGAGCCUGGGCAACUUGACGGAGCUCUGGUUUGACAACAACAAGGUCAAGUCACUACCGCCGCUGCUGGGCCGCCUGAGGAAGCUGGAGCACGUGGACGCCUCAAAGAACAAGGUUGAUUGGGUGGCUGCCGAGAUAGAGAACUGCACCGCCCUCACCGACCUCCACCUGUCAUCCAAUCAUCUUAAGGAGUUGCCAGAGAAGCUUGGAGGGUGUCGGCAGCUGCAGGUGCUGAAGCUUGAUGACAACGCCCUCACACACCUGCCGGAGUCCAUCGGGGGCCUGGCGGCGCUGCAGGAGCUGGUGGUGACACAGAAUGACCUGGAGACACUGCCCGCCUCUAUGGGACUCCUCAGGAACCUUCACACACUCCACCUGGAUGACAACCUCCUCACUGAGUUGCCGCCGGAGCUUGGGUCGUGCUCCAACCUGACGGUGCUGACGGCGGCCUCUAACCGCCUGAUCAGUGUGCCGGCAGAGCUCGGCCACCUGCCCCGCCUGGCUGUGCUCAACCUGUGCGACAACCUCAUCCCGUACCUGCCUGUCUCCCUCACCAAGCUCAAGUUGCGUGCAUUGUGGCUGUCAGAGAACCAGAACAAGCCUCAGGUGCAGCUACAGUCCGAGACGCUGCCGGAGACGGGCCAGCGUGUCCUGACCUGCUUCAUGCUGCCGCAGCAGCCCCGGAACCACCAGACAGAGACAGUGGUGGAGGCGGACACCUUUCCGGGUCAGGGGUGGGACGAGCAGCGGAGAGCCAAAACCCUCAUAAAAUUUGCCUUCGACGGGGAUGUGGACAAGCCGGGUCGCCUCACCCGAGCCCCGACACCCUACCCUAAGGAGCUGAAGGCCCUUGCUAAGCAUGCACGCAACCUACACAGCCUGCAGAAGGACCCCACGACAGCUGCAGGACGCCAGUUUGUUAUGCCCAAGACACAGGACGCCGCCAACAAGACUGCCGCUGCCCCUGCCACCUUGUCCUCAGCCUCGAUCACUCAGCCAGGGAAGGGAGAGGCUUCAGAGACGGAUCUGGGCAGGAAGAGCCUCCCGUCAGACCCCUCCGCCCCCUCCCACAUCCUGGACAACGGGCGGAAGAGGGAGGACAAACACGUGGAGGAGGAAGACGAUGAGGAUGAUGAUGCAGAAGGCCCAGCACCUCCCUUGGCCGUCAUGGAGCUUCCGGCAGAGGAGCGACCCCUUCUGCGUGAGGCCAGGAACGUGAGGAACCUGACGCCCUCCUCCUCCUCCUCAACUGGGGCUCCUGAGGGCGGUGAAAGGAUGGUGAACGGCACGGGCAGGAAGGCUGGAACGGCGCCGGUGGGAGAUCAGCCGUAUGCCAUUGGGGACCGGAAUGUGUUUGGUCUGGCACAGGUCAUCACCACAUCACCACCAACAAUGCAAGACAAACCAAUACCACCACCCAGCGAGCCAGGAAGGGGAGGGGACACAACACCGCCACCACCACCACUGCCAACCACAGCACCACCGCCCCUGACCGCACCCACCCUUGAGGCCCCCCCCACACCUGCCUACGAAGGGGACGCAUCUUCCGAUCCCCAGGACAAGCGCAUCAAGAAGCCGCCACCUUACCAUAUAGCGGCCGUGAUGUCCCGGCACGCCUCGGACUUUGGGGGCGAGGGAGUGGCGGCUGAAGGGGCAGUGGCAGCCGUACCCAACAGCAGGCCUGGGCAGGGCACAGUCAGCAGCCAUCUCGGCCCAGCAGCAGGAGCAGGAGGGGCAGCAGGGGGUGAGGAUGAGACCAACGACACCACCAGCAGCUCCAGUGACAGCGGCUAUGGGAACGGCAAGGCCUCCGCGCAGCCCAGUGACGAGCAGGUGUGCAGCGAGAGGAGCAGCCUCACCACACCCUCCUCGCCCCACACCCUCACCGACUCCGCCUACUCCAUGCCCUCCACGCCCUCGUCCCCGCCUGGCAGCCUCAACCUGGCCUCUCCUCACUCCACAUCCAGAUCCUUCAUGGCCUCACUCUCCACAGCCUCCCAGCGACCCUCCUCUGUCUCUGUCCCUCCCACAGCUGCCUCCCCCUCAUCCCCUUACUCUCCCUCCACCUCCUCCUACUCAUCCCCUUACCCAGCAUCUGCCAACAAUGCAUCACAGAGGUUGUUCCCCACGCAGCAUCCGCCACACAACCACUUGGCCAAACCCAGCGCCAGACCAGCAUCCAUCGCCACAGGGACACAGCUGGAGCCUUCAAAUGGUGCCCCAGUGCAGCGUCCUGGGUCCUUGGCACUCGGGGCACUCGCGGACUCGGCACUGCUUAACCGACUGCCCCAUGAUCACCGGCCGGGUUCACUAGCAGCCCCGAUCAACACGCUAGGCAUUCCCCCGCCACCUGCUAGGGCCGUCUCACAUAUGGGGCUCAAUGUGGCAAGUUCAUCCCGUCCGCUUGACCAGUCCAUGUUCCGCAGCCAGGAUCUCGCGCGCACCAGCAACGGAGGAUGGGACCACAGGGGAAGCAACCACCGUCAGGAGAGUAACGGCCUGGUCUCCAUCAUUGAUCAGGUGACGAGCAGCUUGUUGGAGCACGGGGACAGUCCACCCCCGAAGACUCUACCCAGCGACGUGACCAGCCCCAGCACACCCUUACAAGCCAACAGCAGUGCAGCCUCAAUGGGGUACGGAGGGAAGGACCAACAACCACCUCCAGUAACAGUGACGGCCAACUCCAGCGUCUCCUCUCACACCUACCGCACCACCACCAACACCUUCGCCGCCACUAGUCGCUCCGUGGGGCCGACCAACUUCACUCAGGAUCAGCCACGCGGGGAAGUGCUUCACCCUACACCCCACCGCCCCAGCCUCAUGUCUCCCUCCAACUCGCGUCCUAAUGAUAUCCUGCAGGACUCCACGUCAAUGGAUGAUGAAGAGGGAGGGCAGAGUGAUAAUGACCUGAAUAAUAGUCACUCCGAGGGUUCUAUUGCCCCACAGAAAUCCAUACCAAAGCUCCCGUCCAGGAUUCCGGCUCUUCGUGGUAGCUCAGAGGCAGCUUAUGGGGGUUUGAAGGGCCCUUACCGUGACCCACACUCCCCUAGUCAGUCUACACCCCACGCUGAUACCAGAGUCCCUACCACCUCUCCCUCCGCCACCAUGUCACAUGAUAACACAAGACGCAGCCCGAACAGCCUCAUCGCAGAGCCUCAGUCCCAUUUACACACCCCAUCAAGGCUACAGGCUCCUGGCAGCAUAGCAAGAACCCCAGGGAUGACCCAGGAGCAUAAACUUACCCCAGACUCAAAGAUCCCAAGCCUGAACUCUUCUGCUCACCCCCAGGACAGGCCAGGACUGGAGACAAGAAUACCAACCCUGGGGAACAUUGGGCGCUCCCCCAGUGGGCUGACCAGGGAUGUACACUCACCACCUCAGGAGUCGCAGAAACCGGUGGACUACCGCUCGUCAAGUGAACAAACCGAGUCCAGAAUACCAAUGAUGGGUGCGCCAGGUCACACCCCAGUGGAGCCAUUUAGCAAGGCAGUGCGACCAAGCCCGGGCGACACACCGAGAGGGUACGCCAGCAGCCACGGUAAAGCCUCCACCUCAAUCCCACAGGCAGGAGGUGGAGGGGGGUCAGGCAUACCUACACUAGCCUCACAGGGAAGAAGCAACAGUGGGCUUGGGGCUAACCACUCUGGAGGCCUGGCAGGGAAGACACACCCCAGCACCCCCUCCUAUGGGUACUCUAAGAUGCCCACUGCAGCACCCACCACUACAGAUGGUACUCACAUUCCUCACUCCAAACUCCAGUCCCCGGCGUACUCCACUGGCAUCCGUCCCCCCUCCAUCCACCCCACACAGUCCCCACCUAGUCAGCCGCCAUCACAGCCGCCGUCACAGCCACAGACGCCAAGGGGAUACAGCUCUGGGAUUCGGCCGCCAGCGAUCAACUCCGCCAUCAACACCCCUGGCAUCCCCAUCCCCUCCCCUCUGGCCACCCCCGGCUCCCGAGGCUCUGUCACCUCCACUGGUUCUGCCUCGCGCAUUCCACACGCUGCAGGGCUCUCCUCCAAGAUCCCAGCACCCGGCGGCAGCAAGCACCGGGUGUCCCCCUCGCCCGGCUCCCCCACGCCCCAGCAGCAGUCACCCCUGGACCCCGGCAAGGCCAACCACCACCACUCGGCCUGGAUGUUUGGCCAGCACAAGAACGCCCGAGUGGUAUGUCACAAUUUCCCAGUGAUGAUUGAGAAGAAUCCCGACCUGGGCUUCACGAUAGGGCAGUCCAAUGCAGACCCUGAUGAUAAGAGCAUUUACGUGAUGAGCGUGGCGGGCGGCGGGGCAGCCUCGUCGGCCCUCAAGGUGGGGGACAAGCUGCUGCAGGUGGACGGUGUGGACCUACGCCAGGCCGACCUACACAAGGCCAUGGCGAUCCUGCACAACACACACAGCACCGUCAGUCUCAUGGUGUCCCGUCUGCAGUGAGGGAAGGGGCGUAACUAUACCACAUGAGAGAGAGAGAUGCAUACUACAGUUAAGCUUGCAUACAUACCACAUAUUACACACCUCUUUUACCUUCUCAGCACUUGGCAUGGACAGUCUUAUGGUGUCUUGUUUACAGUAGGAAAGGGACAUUACGAUACCACAAACGUACCAACAUAGCAUAUCUACAAACCAUAUAUAUAUAUCUCUUACAUAUACACACAUAUUUUACCUUUACAGCAUUCAGCACCUUCAGUCUCAUGGUGUUUUGUUUUCAGUGGAAGGAGGACAUAAUAAUACCACAAACAUACCAUGAGGGAGAAAGAUGCAUAGUAUAUUUAAGCAUAUCUACAAACCACAUAUAUAUACCUUUUACAUAUGCACACAUAUUAUACCUUUUCAGCACUCAGCACAGACAGUUCCAUGGUAUUUUGUCUGCAGUAAGAAAGGGACAUAAUUAUACCACAUAUAUAUAUCCUGAGGGAAUGAGAUUAAUACUACACUUAAGCUUCCAUACAUACCACAUAUAAACACAUAUUUUACCUUCAUACCACUCAGUACAGACAGUCUUAUGGUGUCUUGUCUGCAGUAGGUAAGGGACAUAACAAUACCAUAUAUAUACCAUGAGGGAGAGAGAUAGGUAUACAUAAGCAUUUAUACAUUCCACAUAAGAGCAUAAGGAGCCUGCAAGAAUUCACACUCCUCUCAUAUUUUCAGCACAGUCAGUUUCAUUGUUUCCACAGUAAGCAAAAGGAACAAGAAUACAAAUAGCACAGGCAUGUCAUGAGGAAGACAUAUAUAUAUACACCUUCAAGCAUACACUCUUACCACUUAAACAGAUCUUUUUGCACUGCACCUCUCAGCACCAUUAGCUUAUAUAUAUACAGACACACCCUUCUAACAUGCUCACAGCCACAGCCACCAACCAUACCGCAAGCAGGUGACAAAAGUAAUGAUAGGUUUAAGUAACAUAAACGCCUGGAAAGUAUUCAGAAUAUUUAUAUACAGACCUCAUUUUGUAAACAGUAGAGAUAUUUACAGAUACUGACAAACACAGAGGUAAUGAGACAAGCUAACCAUGAGACACAUAUGUAGAUGAAGACACAUAGAGGCAUAUAGAGAACAGACAUGGCAUUAGAGAAAUACAGGAAUACAGAAACACAGAUGGGAAGGUUACAAGAUUACCCCAAACCUAAUUUUUUUCCAAGCUUUAAGAAAUACAUAAUAACAAACACAGACAGGUAGGUUACAAGAAUAUCCUCAACCUAAUUUUUUUUCCAGUUUUAGGAAAUACAGAAUAACAGAAACACAGGCAGAGGCAGGUUACAAGAUUAUCCUCAACCUAAUUUCUCUCCAAGCUUUAAGAAAUACAGAAUAACAGAAAGACACAGACAAAGGCAGGUUACAAGACUACCCACACCCAAUUCAUACCCCGUUCCCCCCCACACAACUCCUCACUAAUUUUGCUUCUUGGGUUGACUCCGUUCCCUUCUCGGAGUUGCUUCAAAGGAAUCUCAACUCAUAAUACGGCACAGAAUGUUUCCUCGCGUGGGCAUUAUUACCUUUUUUGUACGUUCCUAGUGAUCCAGUGAGGUUGUUUAUCACCAUGAGAAUCGUAGCACAAAGUCUUCAAUUGAGUCGUGGAGGAAUUGAUAGGGCAUUGAAGUACAUUAUGAGGUGCUCUCUACUCCUUCCUCUACUUGCCUUGUAUACAGCAAUGGUCGCAGAGAUAUACAAACAUGCAGCACAAAAGUAUUAUCAGUCUUAGGAGGGACAUUUACGAGAUGAUGUGUGAGUCCUGUCCUUGUGUUUGGCUGGUAUUUGUUUUAUAAUUCAAUUUUUCUUCAGUUCAUAGUUUUGAUAUUACAAGUUAUUCAGUCAGUUUUCCCUUCGAGGGUUUAAAUAAUGUUUAUCAGGAAUGUUUCAAAAUGUAUCACUCAAUAUCUUAGUCUCUCUCUUGCAACAUAUUACUUUUCAAUUUUUCCACAGUUCAUGGUUUUAGUAUCACAAGUUAUUCAGUCAAUUUUCCUUUGAGUGUUUAACUAAUUAUCUAUUGUGAAUAUUUCAAAAUGUAUCACUCAGUAUCUUGGCCUCCUGUUAGGGCUAAAUGGAGUAUUAAAAAUGACUGUGUGUGUUUUGAAAGGGAAUUUGAUGUGGUUCGUGUGGACACAACUUUACAUAACAUUAUGCAAACUUUGAUGAGCACAGGGAUCAAAAGUAUCAAGUUUCUCGUGCCUAAUAACUGUGCCUUGACUGUGAGAGUGGUGAUUGUUUUUUGUUAUCCUUUUUUAGCUGUGGUUCAUGGGGUCAUAUUCUUCAACAUUUCUGCCCUCAAGCACACAUAUUUAACAAGGGUGUCAUAGGAGAUUGGGUCAUUUCCAGGGGCAGUCUUAUGAUCCUGGUAGUAGUUUGAUCCUAUUUGUGCAUCAUGAGCCUAAAAACCACUCAUGAGAACUGGAUUAAUCUCCUUUUUUAGCUGUGGUUCAUAGGGUCAUAUUCUUAAACACUUCUGCCCUCAAGCACACAUAUUUAACAAGGGUUUCAUGGAGUUCGGGUCAUUUCCAGGGGCAGUUUUAUGAUCCUGGUAGUAGUUUGAUCCUAUUUGUGCAUCAUGAGCCUAAAAACCACUCAUGAGAAUUGGAUUGAUCUCCUUUUCGUCCUGGCAAUGAUUGAUGUGAGAGGCAGAAGUGUCUGAGAAUACCAACCACCCAUAAUGUUUUGAGUCCCUUGUAAAGUGGCGACUAUUAUUGUUUUUGCCGCAGCUACGUGUUACUCUUUUUGCAGCUUCUCUCAGUAUUGCAGCGUUUUUACCACACCAUUUUAUGCAGCUCUUGUAACGUUUCCUUCCAGUGUUUUAUCGUUACGUCACAUUUUUGUAUCUACAGUGGCAGUCUCAUUUAUGCAGCUACAACGACAUUCCUUAGUAUAUUUAUUCCGCCCAUCUCAGCACUGUAGCAUUUGUCAGUGUUUACCAUUUAAUUAAGGCUGAUUUUUUUUCUAUUGCAGUUACUCCUAUUUUUUUGCUACGUUUUUAAUUUUGGGGAUUUUUCUGAGGUCCAUUUUUAGUGCAGCGACAGUCCUCAUACUUUUUCUGCUACAUUUUUCACUUGGAGCCUUUUUUUCUCUGGGUCUGGGCUGUUUUUGCUGCUCCACAGUGCCACACGUGAUGCCUUGUCCAAGUGCCGGGCUUUGAGUAGGUGCCAUAGCAGGAGGUGCCUCUUAUACCCCUUGUGUAGCUUUAUAUCCAGGUGCAUGUUUGUAAAAUCUGCACACUUUUCAUGCAUAUAUAUAUAAAAGGUCGUGUGUCGAAGGCUUAUAGGGAUUUUUACGGAGGAGAUUUACUCAUCCUCUCUUUUCUCUAGGAUUCAGAAUCACAACGAAUAGUUUUAUGUUCUUUUCUAACUCGCUAUCCAGAUAAAUGAAGCGGUGAAUGGUUAGUUUGAUGUGUUUGGUGUGGAGAUGAAUGGGAAGUGCAGUUUGUUUCUCCAGUGUCCUUUCCUCUCUCACUACCGUCGUAAAUGGAGCAGAAAGUAGAAAGUUGUUGCUGUCGUAACGAAGGAGUAUUGUAGUUUGCAUUUGUGUCAUGACCAGCUUUCACAGAUUAGCACAUACCCAGCGUGUUGUAUGCUACAGUGUCUGACCCAUAACUAAUGCAAAACCCCUCCAUCAAUAAUGAUUUUAACACUAACUUUAAAUGAGUAUCUGUGUUUGUGCAAUAAUUUUUAACCUGAAGCUGGCAAAUACGAUAUGCUGAGUAUGAGGAUCUGGCAGUGUUGGUUAUUAGCAAUGAAGGAUGAGGAGAAAAGGUUGAGUGAAAAGUUUAUAUUUCUUGAUGUCAGUACCAGUGGAAGGAAGAUUUGAGACUAACGCUCGAUUAUGAAUUUUUCUGAGGUUGGUGUUGGUAGCUAUUCCUUUUUAACAUUCCAUCUUUGGGGUUUUGCGAGAGGUGGGUGUCAGGGUGUCAUAAUAUUCACCCUUUUCCACUUUCUCUCAAGUUUUGGGUGUUUUUUGUCAUCUUCAGGUGCAUGUUUUGGUGUUGUCAGGGGGAAGUUCAUGGUUUGCAACAGAGCUCGGUGUCCGGCACACUCUAUGCAUAUUACUGAAUGCACUCGUGUGAUUCCCUGCAUAUCUGACGUGCCUUUUGUAGGAAGUGUCGCGGUACAAAUCUGGCACGAGGUGUUGGCGUGUUGCUUUCCAAAGUGACACGUUCUGAAAAUAUUUUUGUAUUUAUGCAAUGACUAUUCUUUGUCUGUUGAUGUGAAACCAAAGUACGAUUGCAUUGGAAGGAUCUCUCCAUGUAAUAGCUUAACCCAUGGAAAUUUUUGUUAUGAUGUAAGGUAAAAAGUAUAACAUAGUGUGUACUGUUCUCGUAGCUUGUAUUCUUGAUGUGAAACCAAAGUAUUGUAACUGAAGGCACUAUUUGCAGCAUAAUGUGUUUUUAGAUCUAAUUUAAAAAUAUUUAAUUCCAUACACAUGACCACCAGUUUUAAUCAAUGGAGAUAAGCAAGUACAAACGCUGAACAAAUGGCGCAACAUUCCAUACGCUGUAGAAGGGAUUGUGUUCUCAUGAUGUUGGCUGCAGAGUUAAUGUUGGCUGCAAAGUACUUGGGUUGGUGGGGUGGGGUGAGGUGUGAGGGACAGCAUGUUAACACCCAUCUCAGAGCACCGGUGUAGUAGACAGGAACUAGUAGGUACCAGGAAGGAGGUGUUGGCCUAGGCACAUGCACCCUGCCAGUUAGUCCUCGUGCCAGGAACAAAACUUAGGGAAAAUUUAAUAGAAGAUAAGAAAUUAAAUAAAAACAGAAGAAACAGUAAGAAAAAGGAAAAUUAAGCUGAAAUAUACAGAUUAACUUAUUGUCUGGAAAUUUAGGGGAAGAAGAUAAGAAGCUAAGUUAAAUGGAAAAAAAAAGAAGAAACAGUAAGAAAAAGGGAAGAUUAAGCUGAAAUAUACAGAUUAACUUAUUGUCAAAGUAUGGAAUGGUGUUUAUCUUGACAGUAGCUCAUUUUUAUAACGUUGCAAUUUCCCCAAGUGUUUCUGUGUGCUAUGAGUGCUAGUUGGAACAGUGCAUAGGACCUGGCAAAUGCUCCCUCCCAUAUGCAUGAUGUAAAGUAAUGAUAUAUUUGAUCUCACUGGUAGAUGCAAAGUACUAUAAAGAUUUAAGGCAUAUGUAGCAUUGCAUUAGGGAUGUGUUUAAGAGACUUGGUGGGUUGUAAGGAAGGUGUCUACUGUAGGACGUCAAGAAACUCGCAAUUGUAGAUAACCUCACAAGAGGCGUAGGUAGGUUUGCACGGCUAAGGAGGAACAAUGGGCGUGGUGGGUUGUAAUGAUGCUGUUGUACAAUGUUGAACUACACAAACUCAGUGGAUGAAUGCAAUGGAUAAGGCUGUAAGAGAGGAGAGGCUUGAAUGGUUGUAAGGAAAGUACCGUGGAAGAAAAAGAAUCUUAGGUGUUACUGAAAAGACACAAUGAAGAGAGGGGAACUUUUUCUUCAGUGGAUAAAGGUACAUAAUGGAUAAAGCUGAAAGAGACGAUAAGCUUGAAUGGUUGUAAGGAAAGUACUUUAGGAGAAAAAGAAUCUUGUGUAUUACUGAAUAGACACAAUGAAGAGAAGGGAACAUUUUCUUCAGCUAGUUUGAUAGAAUAACAAACUCAAUGAUCUAAGUGGUAAGAGAGGAUAGGCUUGAAUGGUUGUAAAGAAAGCACUGUGAGAUGAGAAGAAUCUGAUGUAUUACUGAACAGACACAAUGAAGAGAAGGGAACAUUUUCUUCAGCUAGUUUGAUAGAAUGACACUCAAUGAUCAAAUGUGAGUGGUAAGAGAGGAUAGGCUUGAAUGGUUGUAAAGAAAGCACUGUGGGAUGAAAAAAAUCUCAUGUAUUACUGAACAGACACAAUGAAGAGAAGGGAACAUUUUCUCCAUCAAGGCGUUUGUUAGUUUGAUAGAGUAACACAACAUGCCUUCCGUGUUUGACGUGUUUACCUCGGGAUUAUAUUACGGUGCAACUAUUUUAUUCAGAGUGCAUUUGAUGGUUCUUUGUAUCAGUGUGUGUUUAGGAAGCCGAGAUAAUGAUGGCACAGGUUCGUAUAAAGUAAUGAAGGCGUAAUCUGUUGUUUCCUAUAUCUUACCGUAUGGAAUUAUAACUCGUAUUACCUUUUCAUAACUGUAAGGCAAACAUUCUUCGUCUAUGGUUGCUAUAAUGAGGUAAUAAUGGGAGAUAUCAAAGGCACAGGUUCGUAUAAAGUAAUGAAGGCAUAAUCUGUUGCUUUCCUCAAUCUUACAGUAUGAAAUUAUAACUCGUACUACCUUUUCAUAACUGUAAGGCAAACGUUCUUCGUCUAUGGUUGCUAUAAUGAGGUAAUAAUUGGAGAUGUUAACACAGGUUCUUAUUAUGAAGGAGUAAACUGGUGCUCUCCUCAAUCUUACAGUAUGGAAUUAUAACUUGUACUACCUUUUCAUAACUGCAAGGCAAACGUUCUUCGUCUAUGGUUGCUAUAAUGAGCUAAUAAUUGGAGAUAUUAACACAGGUUCUUAUUAUGAAGGAGUAAACUGGUGCUCUCCUCUAUCUUACUGUAUGAAAUUAUAACUCAUACCACCUUUUAAUAACUGUAAGGUGAACAUUCUCCCUCUAUGGUUGCUAUAAUGAGGUAAUAAUGGGAGAUAAUGGCACAGGUUCUUAUAAUGAAGGAGUAAUAAUCUGGUGCUUUCCUAUAUCUUGCAGUAUGGAAUUAUAACACUACCUACCUUUUUUUUCAUAAUUGUAAGGCGAACAUUCUCCCUCUAUGGUUGCUAUGAUGAAAUGUAAGUUGUAUCUCACCAAAUGACUCAUAUACACAAUACACUCUUGGCUGCUGUUUUUAUUAUACUGCGGAGAACAGUCUGUCCAGCGGGUGUGGCUGGUACCAGAGGCUUUCAGUUACUCUAAGGCUAAGGCUGCUGUGUCUAGUGUUAUUGGACCAUAGGUAGGCUUUAAUAAAUACUUAAUGUGGUGUGUUGGGCCGCACACGGAUGCACACACAUACACAACACGGCCUUGCGUGUGUGUGUGUGUGUGUGCAUGCCUUGUUUCGUUGCGGGUAGUGCUGCUUUAGUUUGUGUGCUGUUUAGCUUUCCUCUCUGCGGCGCGUAGGCUUGGAGGCAGCGUGUGGCGGUGGCGUAAGUAGCUUAGGCUCGGUGACAUGCAUUCCAGUCCCUACUCGGCUGUACCCUCUGUCGAUCAAUUUGUGGACGUGCGGAGAAAAAUUUAUCUGUAUGCCAACACUUAAUAUAUAUAUAUCUAUAUUUUUGUAUUAGUGAACGAUGGCUAUUAAUUAGGAAUAGAUUAUAUAUAUCAAUAUUUAUUAGGAAGUAGUUAAUGGUAGGGAGAACAGCCAUUUUCUCUAAAAAAAACUGAGAAAAGUAUAGUUUUUGAAAAUGUGGAACACUCAAACCACCCAGACUAAAGACUGGGUGUGCACAGACAUCUCAAAAUUACUCAAUAUUAACAGAUGAACUUGAGAAUUUGUAGAUCAAAGACUUGUGUACCUAAGGAAGUGGUGCUUGCUUGUUCAGAAUUAAUGUUAAGUGCAUUGGCAAGCUGUACAAGUGCUGGGAACAUGAAGUAGUUGACAAGGUUGAUGAUAAGUUAGUUAUUGUAAUCUUAUGCACUCAUGUAAUUGCCAUAGUUGCCCUCUUGUAAUGCCAUAGUGAACGUGACAAAUUAGUUCUUACCCUGGGAAGUAGAUAGCGGGGGUCCCGGGCCCCCAACAACUAGCUACAUAGUGUUUGAACGGUUGUUGUCUCACGGUGACCUGCAGUCUACCUUGCUUGAGGGGGUGCACAGACUCAACCCCUUGUCAUAUCGUAGGAUCAUUAUGCAAAGAGGAUUUGAGACAACUAUAAUUUCCUGACUUAGAAUCUGUUGGGUGAGUUCUUGUCACUCAUUAACCAUUUAGCACUCUAUGGCUCACUGAUUUCCCCUAAGAGCUGAGAUCAAGUUUCCUAGCAUGCAGCUGUGCCCUGAGGUAAUGGCAGCCGAUAGAUUCACUUGGUUUUCAUAUAGUAGUUUUAACUUUGUGAAUCUUCAUUGUUUUCCUAUUUCAUGUUGAAUAUAAAGCUUCAGCAAGUUUUAAUCUUAGUUCUCUUAUUGUUUCUGAAUGUUUUGCUCAUCUGAGUAGUUAUGUAUAUGUAUUCAGUUCCAGAUAAGAGCUGUGAGUAGUCACUAGGUAUAAGUACAUGAAGGUAACUACUAGAGGAUAUCUGCUGCAGCUUUGUAACUGUGCUUAACUAGCGUGUAGUUGAUGUGGCAGGGUGUUUUGUUGGCAACUAACCACCACUCAACCAAAAUAUUCUCAACACGACAGCUCCAGCAGGCAUAUGAGUCAGUGAGAAGGGGGGAAGGGAGAUGAUGAGGUAUUUUAAGUCAAUUGGCAGAACAGAAAGUAGGAGAAUGUAGAUGUUCUCCUAUCACUAUCUUUGACCACCGUUGUCCGGCUAAGUUGGUUACUGGUCCAUCUGCCCUUUGAGCUUUCCUGAAGAUGAGAGAUUAACGAUAAUGUAAAAUGAGUUAAACAGCAGUAUGAAAAGGAGAGAGGGAAACUUAGAUGCUGUCGUAUUAUGUGUACGACCUCAGCAUAUUAAUCUGUCUGCCUGUCUAUCCAUCCAUGACCCUGAACUGACCUGCCUUGACCUGUUGCAUUAUGUACCUGUAACCUGCCCGCACCUUUCCAUCCCGUGGCGUCAGAGUCUCGUUAAGGAAAUGUCGCAGCGUGGAGUGGCAUUUCCAUAAGUGUGCUCUGUGGGGGUGGCUUUGUUGACCCUUAGACGGCGAUGGAACUAUAUACAUACAGUCCAAAAUUCAGUCAGUCAGUUUUAUGUGGCAGAAAUAUAACAACACUUCCAGAUUGCGGUAGAAUCUAUAUACAGACGAUAGUUAAAACACCCCUUGUGCGGCGUAACUGUCUUCAUGCUAUGUUGCUAAGGGCGGCAGUGACUGUAUAUAGAUGAUUCAUUUUGGGGAGCUACUCUUCAAAUACUGCCGCCGUCUAAGGGUUAGGGGCCAUCCGAGGUGCCAGUGUAGUCCGUACGUUGUAGCCUGAACUAAAGAGUGCUAAGAGAAGGUUGCUGCUGAGGUGCAUGGUAAUGUUAUCCUUACCUUUUUUGUACAUACACAUUCCCAUUUUUUUGUUAGUACACUUAUUGCACAUUUAUUUAGAUUUUUCACUUUUAUGUAUUCCUCGUAUUAUUAAAAAUUCACCCCUAUU